AUGGAAUUUUCAGAUUAUAAUACUCAGCACAUAGUAAAUACCCAAGUACCGACUGGAGUACUGCCCCCUGGACAACCCCCACAACCCAUAGUUAAUGGUAAUGCAGGGCAACCCCCUCAACAAUCAAUUUCAUUUGCGAUACCAAGUGUGGAGAACUCAAUGCCACCAUAUCCUACAAACCACUAUACCACAAGCGCCCGGAUGCUUUCUAGGAAUCUCCCUAAUCCAAGCAUGCAAUUUGCUCCGGGUGAGGUCCAUGUUGAAGGGACACGCCCACAACAAGGAAAUCACCAGAUAACAAUACAUCCUGUACCGCAACAAGCUAGAUAUCAAGCACAGGCUGUACAGCCUCAGCAAAGUUACCCACCUUCUCAGGUUACUCAAGCUUAUUUAAUGACGCUAUAUUUUUCAUAUUUGCAGUUGCCUUAUUCGACAGCUCCCCCAAGCCCGAUGUACAAUUCUAAUAUCAUGUACAGUGCGCAUAGUUUCAUCUCCAAUAACCCACAUCCAUUUUAUUAUCCGUCGGUGGUGCCCCAAGCAAAUGUCUAUUCGUACUUUUCUGCUCAGCAGCAUGGGUACAUGAAUCCAACUGUACGCAUGAAUGUGGGUUAUAAUCAAAAUCCUAUAAUUAUGCCGGCUCCCCCAGCUGCACCACAACCGACUGCUCCUCCAACAACAACAGCAGCGACUGUAAUAGCAAGUGGUUUGAAUCAGCAACCAUUGCAACAGUUGACGAAAACUAGGAAGAUUCUGUCCAUUGUCGAUCCUGUAACUAAUGAAGUAACGAACAAAGAUGAUAUAAUAAGGCUGGAAAUGGAACAGCAAUUAAUGGUACAACAAAAUGCUGAUAAUAUGGAAUCUGAAGGAUUUUGUAAAGUAGAGCGAAUUGUUUCACUGGAAAUUCGUCAGAUUGAUAGUUCCGCAACUGGUGGUGGUGGUGGUGGUGGUGGUAUGAGCAAUACAAGUGUUGUAGCCGGUCUUAUAAUUGUACUUUUAUCUGAUAGUAAGCUGGGCCGUAUUGAAAAUGUAAAAAAUAACAAUGAUACUUGGGGAUUUAUUUCACAACAAUGCACAAAGCACUUAAAAUACUUGCUUAAUAGUCGACAGUUACAUAUUGCAACGCAGUAA